UUAGCGCUGGCUGUGGGAAGAGAGAAGUGAAGUCAGUCACCUGGUGGUGAAGGGCCAGUAAAACAGCAAAGCAGGAGGAGAAUUUUCCUCUCCCUUUCUGGCUCUCUCUCUCUCUCCCUCUUUUCUCUCCUCUGUAGGAUCCCCGUCCUAUUCUCUCAACUCUUUUUAGCAUAACCUUCAAAGGAGAUCGUUCCCUUCAGACUUUAUUAUCUUCUUUUCUCCAUUGAGAGAAUACCUCUUAGCUGCAAGACGUUUUUAAGUCCAUGCACGACUUCGGGGAUUUGGUUAUCUUGCCAGGGAAAUUGAUCACUGCUCGGGACUCACUGUGCUAAAUUAGCUACCAGAGUAAGCCUGGCGGAGGAAGGCUUUUAUCACAUACUCUUCUCUUCAGUUUGAACACAUUUGCUUGAAAUUUGCCGCAUGAUGCUGUCCAGGGAAGCAGCUUUUUUUCUUGGGAUGCAGCAAUUCGCUGGUUUCUAAGCUUAUUGCAGAAGAAGAAAUAAUCUUAAAUAGAGUGGAUCUUCCCCCCCUCCGCCCCCCACCGCCGGCUUGAUUCGACUGGGCUGUGUGGCACCGCGGUAAAGAUCACCUGUCACCCAAUCUUUCAGGAAGUAAAACAAACUGAAUUAUAAUUAUUAUUUAUUUAUUUUUAUUAUUUUUAACCGGUGGAGGCGGCGUGAUCACGGAGAAUGAGACUGAGAGAAGCUGCCAGGGCUUGGAGGAGGAUAAAGCUGAGUUUAGGCUGGAAACUAAAAGACUAGAUUGUUUUUUGGUUCAACUUGCCCGGUUUCUCUCCACUUCCUUUAGUUUCGCUCCAUGGACAGAUCAACAAACCUGGACAUCGAGGAGCUAAAGAUGACACGAGAACAAUAUAUACUAGCAACACAGCAGAACAACCUGCCAAGAGCUGAGAAUGCACAACUUUACCCAGUGGGGAUUUAUGGAUGGCGAAAGAGGUGCUUAUACUUCUUUGUCCUUCUGCUGUUGGUUACCAUGAUAGUUAACUUAGCCAUGACAAUAUGGAUAUUGAAAGUGAUGAAUUUCACUGUGGAUGGUAUGGGAAAUCUGAGAGUCACCAAGAAGGGAAUCCGACUUGAAGGUAUAUCUGAGUUUCUACUUCCAUUGUAUGUGAAAGAAAUUCAUUCCCGAAAGGAUAGUCCACUGGUCUUACAGUCUGACAGGAAUGUAACAGUGAAUGCAAGAAAUCACAUGGGGCAGUUAACUGGACAGCUGACAGUAGACAACAUUGCCAACAAAAGUGGAAUAAAGACAUAUUUUACCUCAUCCUGUCAAAAUUCAGAGAGGCCAGGACCAGGAGAAAAUACCAUAAUAAUUUAUGAAAUGGCUGGCAAGGAAGUCAUACCAGGAGCUGAUGCUGUGGAAGCUCAGUGUAAAAGAUUUGAAGUGAGAGCGAGUGAAGAUGGCAGGGUGCUGUUUUCUGCAGAUGAAGAUGAGAUUACCAUUGGGGCUGAAAAGCUGAAAGUCACAGGCACGGAAGGAGCAGUAUUCGGGCACUCUGUUGAAACACCUCACAUCAGAGCAGAACCUUCCCAAGACCUCAGGCUUGAAUCACCCACCAGGUCCUUGAUCAUGGAAGCUCCACGAGGGGUGCAGUUGAGCGCGGCUGCAGGAGACUUCAAGGCCACCUGCAGGAAGGAGCUGCAUUUGCAGUCUACAGAAGGGGAGAUAUUUCUGAAUGCAGAAAAAAUCCGGCUGGGGAAUCUCCCGACGGGCUCUUCCUCCUCCUCCUCCUCCUCGCCGAGCUCCUCAAAUUCCCGGCAGACCGUGUACGAACUGUGCGUCUGCCCCAACGGCAAACUCUACCUUUCUCCAGCAGGAGUCAGCUCCACGUGUCAGUCCAGUAGCAACAUCUGCUUGUGGAGCUGAAGUGACUGAUUCCUCCUCACACCAGAAUAGCCUUUUGUUCCUGUCCGUCUGCUUCACAGUCCCGCUCGGUUUCCCUUGUGAUCAGUCCAGAGCUGCUUCAAAUGGUCCACAGAGCAACUUCUUCCAAUGCAAGCGGGGGUUCGCCGCCACCUUCUCUUGUGAUUGCCUGUCCUGUUCAAGGCAGAAAGUGUGGGUGUCGGGGCAGUGGAAAAAUGGUCUUCAGCGGGAAAACUGGAUCAUAACUUUUGCUCAAAAGGGAGAAAAACAUAGGUGCCUUUGCUACGUGAAGUGAAGCACACAGUUUUAGAUUUUUGCAGGACCCGGGGAUGAACCGCAUAUACAUACAUUAAUUAUAUAGAUGAAAUUCCCAGUAUCCGACGGCAAGAUGAGAUGGUUGACCCUGUCAGAAAACUAAUUCUACAGCCUGAAAGCACAAUUUUCCAAUCGUGGGUUUUUUGGUUUUUUUUUUUUUUUUUUUUUGGAUGUAAACUUUUAUCCCCAAAUUUUAAAAUUUUCAAGCAUUAGAUGAUGCUUGCUUUGCUAAAAAUUAAAUUCAAUACAUGAUUUUUAACAAAACGAAACAAAACGACAGAAUUCCACCCUGA